GCCUCUAAAAGAAAAAUGUAUCUCCUCUUAGCGCUGUUGUUUCUCUUCCUUGUACAGAAUGAUUGUCAGGAGCUGUUUCUCACUAUUAGAGAGGAGGAAAAUGGCCAGGAAUUAAGUGAAAGUAACAACAUUAGUAGUAGAAUUGCCGAAAUGUAUCAAACCACCACAUACUCUAAUAGCUCUAGUCGUUGUAUUUGUCAAGCUGUACAAGGAGAAAACUCACUGCUGGAGUACACUAGCAACAUAGAAAGCUGUAUAUCUGAUCCAUAUAAUUCCAGUGCUCUAGGUGUCUGUUCUUCAUUAUUUUUCAAAAAUGCCACAUAUAGUACCAUGUAUCGUAUUGAAGUAAAGGACGCAUCAUCUGAUAACUCAAGCCGGAGGACAAUGACUGUCACUCAGUUUUGUGAUAAAAUGGAGUCGGUUCGUGAGUCUUUGGCAAAAUUUGAGACUCUUCUAGCGCAGACUCUUGUCUGUGUCUAUUUGAACACUUGCGAUGAUAAGAACUUCUGUUUAAUAUCUUACAUUAAUUGGUUGUGCAUGACUCAACUGGAUCUCUAUAGGAACAGUAGUACAAGCAAUAGAAGCAGUAGGGAAUCAGCAGAUUUUGGUAUCGAGAGUGAUGGUACACAGUAUAAUCCUGUAAAGCCCUGCUAUGGGGUCUGUACUAACGUUCUUAGAGACUGUCCUUACUAUUUGCCAUCCAGCUAUCAGCAUGCCACCAUUAACAAUGAAGGUGAAUAUUCUUACGUUACAAUGGAGUACGUGUAUGGAGGAUAUCCGGCAUUUGCAUGUCCUGGAUCAUCUUCUGUAAGUGAUGAAAAAUCAAAUUCAAGUUAUGGUACUGAGUCUAAUUGCAUACUCGUAGGAGAGAGUGGUGCUCCAUCAAAUCGUAUGAGUUUUCUAAUGAUGCUAGUAACUCUUACCCUCUUAAACAUAUUGAUGUGACGUGUUUUGAACCAUUUUAAUUUUUGGAAUCAUUUUAAAUCAUUUUUUGUCAGAAAUAAUAAUUAUUAUUAGAACCUCCUAUGGUCAUUCACCUCUCA